AUUCCUGGCCCCAUUCCUGCCCCUGCCCCUGCACCGAUCCCCCCGCCCGAGACAUGCGAUGGCAAGGCAAUGGGGAUCUACCCAGAUCUGUCAGAUCCAACGUGCCGCAAGUUUUAUCGGUGCCAGCCGAUCGGCCCCUUUGGCAAGAGCAUCAAGAUCGACAUGGUGUGCCCCCCGGGCACCGUGUUCCACCCCGUCAUGUACUGCGUGCCGCCCAAGCUGCUGCCCCCCGGCGCGCGCUGCAGCCUCAAGCUCGACGCACAAAUGUAGGCUUCGAUCUGGGAAGCGCCGUUGUCCCGUUGCGUAGGUCCAAUUGAUUGUCUAUAUAAGUGUUGGUUGUUGACGAGGUGAAACUGCAUGGAUGCAGAGGAGGUGAAAGUGUACAAGCUAGCUGGAUUACGAGGUACGUUGUAUUACUUUAGUUAUGUCUAUCACGAUAUAUUAAUGCGUCAAGUACGGGCAAGUGCGAUUGUGCCAGUGCCUAUAGAAAAUACCUGUUAAAUCAAGGUAUUUGAACAAUCGUAUCAACGUUAUUAGGCCCGUGACCACCAUGCCGGGUUUAUAGAUCGCGUGCAAUAUACAGCUCGAGUUGACGGUUUCGGUUAUCAGGCUAGCUAUUUAAGGCGUGUACAGGUGCUCUAGCUCCUUCAGGACAAAACAUUAGCUCUAAUUCUUUAAUUGUCUAUAGGAUAUCAUAACCAGCUCAUAAGUUGGCAGUACGUACGUUCGAGUAUAUCCAAUUAGUAUCUAGGAUAAGGUCAUGAGCGAGCUUCAAGGUACUUUACCG